AUGGCAUCGGCGAAGGCCAAGAAGGAUAAGCCUUUGCACUCUCUCAUCGCUGGUACAACUGCGGGAGCAGUCGAAGCGUUUAUCACCUAUCCAACCGAGUUUGUGAAGACACGAUCCCAAUUUGCUCCCAAAGGAACAUCAAAGGAAGGGCCUAUUGCGAUCAUAAAAACUACCAUUAAACAGAAAGGGAUCACUGGCCUCUACUCUGGAUGCAGUGCACUCGUUAUUGGUAAUGCGGCAAAAGCGGGCGUGCGCUUUGUCACCUAUGAUUAUUUUAAAGGCUUGCUGCAGGAUGAACAUGGGAAAAUUAGUGCCCCUCGCAGUCUCCUAGCUGGACUGGGAGCGGGAAUGUGUGAGGCUAUAUUGGCGGUGGCCCCUUCAGAGACAAUCAAGACGAAGCUUAUCGAUGACUCUCGUUCGCCUAAUCCACGUUUUCAGGGCCUUGCCCAUGGCACAAGGACCAUUAUAGCCGAGGAAGGAAUACGCGGCAUAUACCGCGGACUCUUCCCUGUGAUGGCUCGACAAGGAGCGAACUCGGCAGUCCGAUUCACAUCAUAUGCUACCCUGAAACAGUUUGUCCAAGGAAACACCAGACCUGGGCAGGCUCUGCCAUCAAGCCUCACUUUCGCUAUCGGCGCAAUGGCUGGCCUCGUCACCGUGUAUACAACAAUGCCACUUGAUGUCAUCAAAACUAGAAUGCAAACACUUGAAGCGCGCCGGCAGUAUAAGAACUCCUUCCACUGUGCGUAUAGAAUUUUUACAGAAGAAGGCGUUGCGAGAUUCUGGACCGGGACGACACCUCGGUUAACUAGGCUCGUCCUAUCGGGUGGAAUCGUUUUCACGACAUAUGAAGCAAUUAUGAAAGUUCUCAGAGUCACAUCAAUAUGA